AUGCCCAAGUCUCGAACUGUAGAUGGUGUGGAAGAGGAGUACGACUCCUACGACGACGAUGAUGACCACGAGGAAGAGGAAAUUGCCGAUAUUGCACUUCUAGCUCCUCAAAAUGAAUUGUUGGUUGACCGGUAUGGUAGACCCAUCAUCAUGCCAUAUACCACCACAGAUUUGCAACCCCAAAAUGCGGCGACGAAGGCAAUCAAUAAUGCAUUGAAAUCCAAAUUCCAGGCUCCAUAUCUCAACUGGACGGAGGUCAGGGCAGAUGAGCGUGGAUAUCAACAAUUUUGGAAUGGCUUCAGGUCGCAAGUAACUUGGCUAAAUCACCACACAGCGGCUAUUGAGGCUAUAUUCAACAAAAAAGCCACCAAGCGUCUGUCGACCUUACUUUUUGAAGCGCGGAAAAAGGUUAAAAAGGAUCCUUCAAAACCACCACUUUGGCUCGCUGGUAAUUCAUACCCUAUGUUGUGCCUCAGAUGGGAAGAGGAAGAGUAUAAGGCAAAGUGUAUAAAGAACAAAGCCAACAGAAAUACCGAUGAAGCCAAUCGUGCGUGCGUACACUCUAGAGGGUCGAAAUCUGCCGGAACGCUUCGUCUUGAGUUCAUUCAACAAUUUGGUCGUCCACCCACCUUUAUGGAAAUGAAUGACAUGAUGCACAAGUAUGCAGAUUCCGGUGAAUGGACGGGGGCAAGGGCGCAAGAAGUUUCGAGGUUGACGCAAAUUUGA